AUGUGCGCGGGGGCCAUGGCGCUGUGGCGGGGGCUGCGCUGCUGCCGCCGCGCCCUCGCCUGGCUGCCCGUGCUGCUCAUCGCGCUGCUGCUGCUCUGGUCCUACUACGGAUACGUCUGCGAGCUCUGCCUCGUGGUCUAUCUUGUAAUAUUCCAUAUUCUCUUUGUGCUCUUUGUGUGGACAUAUUGGAAGUCUGUUUUCACUCUCCCAGUGCAGCCAGACAAAAAGUUCCACAUGUCCUACGCUGACCAGGAGCGCUAUGAGAACGAGGAGAGGCCGGAGGUGCAGAGGCAGAUCCUCGCCGAGAUCGCCAGGAAGCUGCCGGUGUACACGAGGACAGGGAAUGGAGGUAUUCGGUUCUGUGACAGAUGCCAGCUGAUCAAACCUGAUCGUUGUCACCACUGCUCCGUCUGUGCCAUGUGUGUGCUAAAAAUGGAUCAUCACUGUCCAUGGGUGAAUAACUGCAUUGGAUUUUCUAACUACAAAUUCUUUCUACUGUUCUUAGCCUAUUCUUUGUUGUAUUGCUUGUAUAUUGCUGCAACAGUCUUCAAGUAUUUCAUUAAGUAUUGGACAGGUGAACUGACCAAUGGACGUUCCAAAUUUCACAUCCUUUUCCUUCUCUUCGUGGCAAUCAUGUUCUUUGUGAGCCUCAUGUUUCUGUUUGGAUACCACUGCUGGCUCGUUAGCAGAAACAGAUCCACCUUAGAGGCUUUCUCAGCUCCGGUGUUUCAAAAUGGCCCAGAUAAAAAUGGAUUCAAUCUUGGCUUUGUAAAGAAUCUUCAGCAAGUGUUUGGAGAAGAAAAAAAGCUCUGGUUGCUGCCUAUUGCCUCAAGCCAGGGGGAUGGACAUUUUUUCCCCAUGAGAGCCUCGUGUGAAGCUCGGAACCCUCUCCUGGCAAAUGAAGAGCAGUGGGAAGAGGAUGGAAUAGAUGAAGAGCCCCAGGGUUCUGGUGAAGCCUCAGCCCUUGUCAUAGAAAGGGAGACAUAGCAGUGUGACAGUGCAGCCGGGUAAAGCUCGAGCACAAAGAUUUCAGCUUCCCUCUCAGGAGCCAACACCUUCUCUUGGCAUGGACUUCAAUUUUGAGGGGCAGAAAACAAGUGGAUCUUCAAGAUGAGAAAACGUCCUGAAGUAUCACCCAACUGGAGUCUGCAUCUGAGAGUGCUUCUCCAGAAAUCCUGCUGUCCAGAUGGCCCAAGACUUUAUAAGUUUCAGUUACAGAGUUAACAGAACAGUUUUAUAGAGUGAUUGUGGCCAAUCUUCUUUGGCCUGCUCUCUUUAUUUUAUAAAUACUAUAUAUUUUUUAUGCAAAAAAGGUAAAAAUGUUGAUGAGAGUGCACUUCCAAAGGCCUUUUCAUUUUGCAAAUGUCAGGGACUCGAGUUCUUGAAAUUCUACCAAGCCAUAAUAUUCUUGGGGAUGGUUAUUUAUUUUGAGGCUGAUUCUCCAACCUUCUCUGACAUUUUCUACUGUGUUUGAAGUUCUGAGUCAGUUCAGCCCAGUGCGAGACAGACCGAGUUAAAUCUGGCACUAAAUUGGUAGUUGGGUGUGUGUUGAAAGAAAAAGUGCUGAACAUGCACACUGACAUGUGCAGCUGUGAAUGCAAAUAAAAUAUUCCCAUUGCCAGUAUCAAGAUUCAAGAAUAUUGUGGCCAUAGAUUUUUUUAACUUUUUUUAGGAGGGUGUUAUUGUCUUAGAGUUUGGUUACAGUGUUCUUUGCCCAGUCCUACUCGCAGGCACCUAAAAUGCAAACAGGAACGUCAGACAGUCCAGUUUGCAUUAAUUCCUAGGGCCAAAAUGUCCACUCAUUCCUGGAUCGGUGUUUGAUGGAAAUUUGUGUGUUUGUGGAAUCAGAAAGGAAGGUGUGAAUUUGAAACACAGGAGUUGGAAAUGACAGUGAAAGUUUAGCUCCAACAGUGGUGUUUGGAGUUUACACUCCACACGAAAUGCUGAAGAGACAAUUGAUAUAUAGAUUUUUUCAGACUUCUUCCCAAACCAGUGCACUGACUGGUGGUUCCAGGGGUUUCAGCACUAGGUGAUCAGAUUUUUUUUUUUACAUUUUGCUCCAUUUGCAGGCAAAGGGAUAUAUCCUGGUUCUGUUCUGGGGAAGGGAACUGACCCUUUGGCCGGAUUAUACACAUUUUUCUAGACUUGACUCUUUUUUUAUCUGCAUGAUUCAGCCCUGGCAGCUCCAUCACUCAUGUCUGAAUUAGGUGCAUGCUUACAGUAUUAGUGUACUGCCUUUAAGGUCAUUUGGUACCAUUUUCUCUCCCGGUUUUGUGUUUGUUUAUCAGCCCAUUGGCACUGAGGUGACUGCAGAGGCAGUUGUGCCUGUCAGGAGAAAUGACCUGAGAAGUGAGUUUGGUGACAAAGGCUUUGCCUACCUACUAAAUCCUUUUUUUUUUCCUCUGUUUGCUCUGCUGCUGCUGCCAGUGGGAAGGUGUCUGUGAGAUGGGAGAGCCUUGCAGAGACUUUGUGCCCUUAGGAGCAGUCGUUUCCCUGCUGUGAUCCCGCCCUGGGGACAGGGAUCCUCAGCUCUGCAGUUCUGUGCAGAGCAGGCAGGCAUCUCUGGAGUGUCUUGCUGCUGAAUUGGGUUGUGAGGGGUCAGGGUGGGCUCACCUAGGCUCGGGGUGGUUUGUCUGUGUCCUCACAGUGCUCUUGAACACUCAAAAUGUUCCUGCUUCAGCCACCGGAGCCCUGGCCGUGGGGUGGCUGUCACAAAACGGCUCUCCAGUGUUUCUCCUGCCCAUCUAAACCUGCAUUUCUAAUGUAAAUCUCGAGUUGGACCUUCCCCUGCAUGUGAUGAAAGAUGGCAGCAGAAUUAAUCACCUCAUUUCUGGUAAAACGUGCUCUGGAGGGGGAGUUUGAGAGGACAGUGGCAGCUAAACACAACAGGAAAUGUGCAGGAAUUAAGCACCAACAGAGGUGCUAUUUGUGCCUUCAAAAACUCAACAUUCCUUGUGUAGAAAACCAGGAAGAAGAUCUGGGGACUUUCUGUUCCAUUCUGUCAGCUGAAGUGUAUUUUUCAGAGCUGUGUGGAUUUACAGGAGUUUUCUGAGCAGGUUCCUGUGUCCUUCCUGGGUUUGGUUCUGGUUACAGCUGUGUCUUUGAGCUGUUUCUCUGCCAGGCAGCAGCAGCAGCAGAGCUGCCCACGAGCUCUGCAGGCACCAUCCCUGCCUGCUCCUGCUGCAGCACUGCUCACUUGGCAGUACAAAAAAUCAGGUUUCAUUUUCUAAUAAUUAUUAAACCAGAUGUCUUUAAAAGGCAGCUACCAAGCUGAGAUUUAGAAGCAAUUUUAAACAUUUCCAAGUAACUUUUAUUCAAUUUUUUUUCUUGUAAAUAGUUAUGGCCAAUUCUUCCCUUUCCUUAAAAGCAGCUCAGCCCCCUGUGGUUGUAAAAAAUCUCUUGCUCAGGUAGAAAAAAUACAGUUUAAUCACUUCAGAACCACUCCCCAUCAAUAUCCACGUCAGGUGUUGGAAAGCUUCAGGAGAUGGGAAACAAACACAAAAGCUGUGUAAAAAUGAGGCAAAACAAACCAAGGGAGACCCACAUGUCUGAGUGACUGAACAAGCUCCAUUUUGUUCCCUUCUCCUCACUGAAGGUGAUAUCCUUGUGUUACCCUGGCAUUUGUCCUGUUUGUGCACUGGCAAACAGCAGUUGCUCAGCUGCUGUGGUCACUGCUGCGGGUGCUCAGAGGGAAGGUGCUUGGCCCAGUGCAGGGCAGGUUUUUUAACCUGCAAAUGGCUCUUUAAGGGAUACACCUACUGCAACACCUCCUUUGUUUCCCAUCCCCGAUCCUCAUCCAGGGGAUCUCCACCAGCAGCCCUGACUGUGAGGGAUCCUCAUCCAGGGGAUCUCCACCAGCAGCCCUGACUGUGAGGGAUCCUCAUCCAGAGGUUCUCCACCAUCAGCCCUGACUGUGAGGGAUCCUCAUCCAGAGGUUCUCCACCAUCAGCCCUGACUGUGAGGGAUCCUCAUCCAGGGGAUCUCCACCAGCAGCCCUGACUGUGAGGGAUCCUCAUCCAGAGGCUCUCCACCAGCAGCCCUGACUGUGAGGGCGGCAUCAUCAAACCUGUCCCUUACCUGCCCCACCAGCCCCUCCUGAGCAGCUGCUCCCUCCAUCCCAGCACUGCAGGGAUGGGACUCAGCCCACCCACUCCCACUGUGGCUCUGGGAGCUGCCCAACACUUCCAGUGCAUCCUGGCUGUUCCUCCUGCUGCUGUGCUGGGGCACAACUGUUCCAGGUCUGCUCUGUGUGCCCGGGAGCAGCCUGUGUUCCCCUGGGACCAGCACCUUGGGAUGUUACUGUUGGUCUCUGGUCAGGUGCUGUAAAUCCAGUUGCACCAAACAAUUUGGUGAAGUGGAAAGGUUUGAAUCUCAGUUCUGAUGCUGUUGGAAGUUGUGAGACUGUCGUGCUCAGUGCUGAACUGCAGCCUGGAGCAGUGUGGAGGCAGGAAGGCUGUUUUCUCUGCCUUAGUGGCAGACAUGGACUAGAGAAUGAAGCAGAAAAUGAGUGGUUCUCAGCUCAGGGUCAGAAAUGGCUUCUGUCCUUAGGGGAUCUCCUCCUGCUGCUGGAGCUGCAGGUGUAGAAGCAGCUGUAGGUCAAGAUUUUGUUGCUUGGCUGAGUGCAGCCAAGGUGGGGGGCUGACUGGAGGUGGGGCAGUGCUGGGCAUGAGCAGCCCUGGGGCCUGCUCCCAUCAGGGCUAAUCCCAUGAGGCCCUGGAAGCUGGAACAGGAGCACCAGUGGUUGUGUAGCUCUGCCAGCAGUCACCAGGCAGUAAUAAAUAUGGGUUGAGUGCCAACCAGCGUGGCAGUGUCAGACCCACGGCUGUGGAUUUGUGAGCUUCCCUCAGGGCACAGGAGUGUGGGCUCAGCACCUGCCACCUGGCCUGGGCUCCUUCUGUUGGUAUUGCAGCAUUUUACAAAUGCAUCUCACAUCCUCCUUGAGGCUGAGCUGUCUCAGCCUUUUCCAAGUGAUGUCACCAUGGGAAAGAAGCAGCAAAUGGUCUUGCUGGACUUUACUGUGGUACCUGCCACUGUCUCAUCCCUCUGCUCCUGGUUUCAUGUUCCAAAGUAACUGAUCACUAACAACCACCUCCUCACCUCUCUCCCUCCUCUCCCAUUUACAUUCAGGUACACUGUACUCUUAAAAAAAUAGGGAAAACAUCAUAUUGAUGUUUCUCUGGGUAGAACUGUGGUCAGUCGUGUCCUGGGCCAGGACUCGUCCCCGCUCACUGCUCUGUCAGUUCCCUUUUCUCUGGCUGAGCUGGAUCUUUGGAGCAGGAUAACUUUGUUUUCCUUCAAGCAGGGAGCAGUACUGUAUGUUUUUAGCAGGCUGUACCCGGUGUGUGUGGUGCACAGUCACUGGCAAGAACCAGGAAGCUUCCUAAUGGCACUGUGCAAUGAAUGUUUGCUUCCUGGGAGAAAUGGGAGUGGGAUUCAGCAGAAUCCACACCAGCUGGAGCUCUGGAGCUCUGUAUGCUGGUAUGGACUGAAAGCACAACUUUAUGCAUAAAGUCUGUAAUAUGAACAUAAAAUAAUAAAUAAUUUACCAUUUUUCCCCUGAAUUUAGCUCUGAAGGACACGCUGAGCUGUUCUCAGGGCCCCACUGCCUCCCCUGCAGAGCAGUUCCUCUGCAGAGCAGUUCCUCUGUGCAGAGCCAGCUCACUCACCCAAGGGUUUAAUUAGCAGGUGAAGGAGGCACCGCUGACCUUGUUUAUUGAGCCAGAAUUAAUUAACUCAGAAGGGUCAUGUUUUCAUUCAGUGACUUCUGUGGUACAGAUUUUUGAAGUUGAUCCAUAGUACUUGAAAAUACCUCAAUUUUAUUGAUAUUUGUCCAAUUCUAUCAGCUUCUGCUUGGUUACAGAACACUUGCAAAAAUCAGCUCGUUCUGAAGGGAUCAAUGACAGCAUUUGCAUGGUGGAGUGGCUGCUUUCAGUGCCAGCAAUGGGCUGUCAAACAGCUUGGCAGGGCAGCCCCCCACGGGCUCCUCCCGCUUAAUGCUGCAUUUCCUGCUCUGCUCAUUAGCGCUGAGCUCGCACCCACUGCUGCAGCCUCUGAGUCUCGUCCUUGUUCCAUCUCCCCUUGAGAGUUCUCUCUUCCUCCUAAACAUAUAGUUAAGAUAUUUUCAGCUGUGAGCUGCUUGUGCUGGUUUUUGGAUACUGUGAAGGUGAGUAGGUGUCAUUUUAUGCAGUUGUGCCUGUAUUUUAUUUGUAGUUAAUCUGUCAGGUAUCAGUUUGUGAUUCUAAUCAUCAGGCCCAGCUGGCUUUGCUUAGAGCAGCAGGAUCCCACUUCCUGCAUUUUCUCUUUCCUAAAAACCUCAUUUCUUCAUUCUUUCACUUUAGUUUGGGAUGUAAACCUUGUGAAAUAAAAUCUGAGUUUACAUUUCAAAUACAAGUCUGUAAGUUGGUCAUGCCUGCAUGCUCCUUAAAAAAAUUAUUUUUUUCUGUAUAAGGUUUUAAGAUUUACAGCAUUUGUAAAGCUUUAGUGGGUAACAGACAAUGUUAAAAAAGUGUAUGUUGAGGGGGGGGGAAAGAGUAGCCAAAAAAACCCAACAAAAAGGACCAAGGGAUCAUCUUUGUUUCUUCUUUCGGCUGUGUUUGAAAAGAAAUGCCUGCUUGCAUCAACCAGCCCAUGGAACAGGCAGGGACUUCACCUGAAGGCAUCCCUGCUGUUUCAGUACUUCCUCAAGUACUUAAUUUCUUGAGUUCAACAUUGGACUAAAUCCCGUGGAACCAACAAAAUUGUCCUCCCCAUCUCCUUCCUGACCUGGAGAAGGUGUGUGCUGCCCCUUCUCAGAUCAGCACUUUCCUUUGUAAGAGAAAUAAAAAUCCAGUGGACUCUUGACAAGGUCAGGGUAUUAUUUUUCCCCCCCUGCCUUUUUCUGGAGAAUCCAGGAGCCUCCUGGAUGUGUCCGAGAGAGGCACCUGGGAUCCCAGAGGAUGAGUUUUGUGACUAAGAACUUGUGUGAGGAGGUGGAACCUGUUGUUCUGCUGUUCUGAACUAACUCCAUGUGUGGUCAUUUUUCCUCAGAAUUAAUGAAGUAGCUUCCUGCUCUACUCACUGCCCAUCUAAGCAGGAGCUACUCCAGAGUGAAUCCAAAUCCACUGUUGGAGCAGGGAACUUGUAACAGCUUCCCUUUUGCUUAGGAACAUAGGAAAUAGAAAAGGUCUUGUUAUUUUAUAAAUUAUAAUCUGAUCAGAUGUCUGAUCUUCAUCUGAAAAUGCUGUUUAUUGUGCAAAUGGGUCCCUCAAAGGUGAAACUUAAUUUAAACCUCAGGAUCAGACCAUGGCAGCCCUGUCUACAUGUGCUGUUCAAUGUUAGCAGGAGUUUUUACUUUGCCUCACAGGAAAGCCAGUGGGUUUCACUUGCUGGAGUUUUUCCAGGCAGGAAAAUGGGGCUGAACAGCCACUGCAGGAGCUGCUGUGUGUUGGGAGCUCCCAACACACUCCCUCUGCACCAGCGUCAGGGCUCCCACCACUGGAACCCCCUACGGAAGCUGAGCAGGCUCUGUGCCAGCAAAAUCAGGGGAAACAACAGAAUUCCAGUGGAUUGGUGUGUUUACAUCCAGCUGUUUUGCAGGAAGCAGCAUGGGCUGGUGGGGGUGUUUCUUACCCCAGCUCUGCUCUGUGCUGCCGCUCAGCCGGGUGCUCUCAGACAAAUUCCUCACCUCUUCAUUUAGUAGGAAAUAACUGUUUUCCAGUGAAUGUCACAAAGGGACUGCUGCCCACCUUUGGGGUGCUGAUUUGGGGUCAGGAGUAUAAUGCUGCUGCUGACAGUGAGACUUUUGAUAUGAAAUGGGUUUUUACAAAAGCUUGGGAUACUCAUUUUUACUGUUGGACAAACGUUCUGACUACGCUGAUGCUCUGUGGAGUUUCGCUGGCAUUUUCCAAGUGUUUGUACAGUUUCUACAGCUGAAUAUCCUGUAUGUUCUGCUUUGUUGUUUUCUAUUAUGCUUUAUACUGUACUGCAGGCAAGUACUGCAUUAAAACCAUUUUUGGCUAAUUUA